ACACUGUUCCUGACGUCCCACAACACAGCUUAGCGUCGCGCCAAACUUGAACCGCUGAUCAUUACAGCAGUACACGCUGCAAGCACGCGACACAACGCUGUAGUAAAUGACCUCAGGUCCGCUGUCCGCGCGCUCACGAAAACGCUCCUGUUAUAACCGCGGAAGCUCUUCCGUCGCGUCGCGCCGCUCGCAGAAGGUGAAAGAGGAGAGGUGGAGUCCGUUUGAAUAUCGAGCGCAGCUCCAGUGACGAGGAUAAACGCGUACGGUGGAUUCCCGCCACUCCGGCGGCUGCGCGUGGGCAUCAGUGAGAGAGUUCCAUAUAAAAGCUCCCGCAUCCUCCUCUGCCUCUGACACUCUCUGUUUGAAUGAUACGGUGUCUUCUCCUUCUCCUUCUCCUCCUGUGUUUUCUCGGAAACAUUUCCCCGCAGUAGAAAUUGAAAUUCUCGUCUAUGGUUCUGACUCAAGCUUCCAAAAUGUCCCGGACCGAUGAGGUGCACCGUAUAACGGAGAAUGUCUAUAAGUCCAUCAUGGAGCAGUUCAACCCUUGCUUAAGGAACUUUGUUGCCAUGGGGAAGACUUACGAGAAGGCCCUCUCCAGUGUGACAUUUGCAGCAAAAGGCUACUUCGACGCACUGGUGCGGAUGGGAGAGCUGGCCAGCGAGAGUCACGGCUCUAAGGAUCUUGAAGAGGCAGCAUGGGAUGUGCUUUUUCAGAUGGCGGAGGUUCACAGACAGAUCCAGAUGCAGCUAGAGGACAUGCUGAAAUCAUUCCACAAUGAACUGCUCACAGAACUGGAGAAAAAAGUGGAACUGGAUGUACGCUAUCUAAAUGCAGCUCUGAAGAAAUACCAGAUGGAACACAAAAGUAAAGGAGAGAGUCUGGAGAAGUGCCAGGCCGAGCUGAAGAAAUUGCGCAGGAAGAGUCAAGGAAGCAAGAACCCCUCCAAAUAUGGAGACAAGGAGAUGCAGUACGUCGAGACCAUCAGCAGCAAACAAAAUGAGCUGGAUAGCUACAUCUCUGAGAGCUACAAGAAUGCCCUGUCCGAAGAGAGACGGAGGUAUUGCUUCCUUGUUGACCGUCAAUGUGCAGUGGCCAAAACGAGCAACGCCUACCACACCAAGGGCAGAGACUUGCUGACGCAAAAGAUCCCAUUGUGGCAACAAGCAUGUGCCGACCCAAAUAAACUCCCAGAGCGGGCAAUGCUUCUAGCUCAGCAAAUGGGCUCAGGAGCCACAGGGACGCUGGGACCCAGUGUCCACCACACUUCUAAAUCUAGCCUGACCAUCUCAGACCCCAUCCCUGGGGCCAAACCACUUCCUGUGCCACCUGAACUCGCAGCUCUCAUGGGAAAUCAACAGACGAGGAUGAUGGGAGUAGACAGUGUUCCCAUGGUGAAUGGCUCAGGGGUCCAUGGGGGAGAAGACUACCAACGCUGGAUGGAGUCCAGAGCCGCACACGAGAGACCGGUCCACAGACAUGGUGGAGAAACUUUCUCCAACACCCUGCCUGUCCGCAAGGUUGCGCCUGUAAAGCCCAAGAAUACUUUGGCAGAGACACAGACCCUCCCCAGGUCUAGCUCGAUGGCAGCUGGGCUGGAGAGAAAUGGACGGACAAGGGUUCAGGCCCUCUUUUCUCAUGCCGGCGGAGACAACAGCACACUACUCAGCUUUACAGAAGGGGACAUCAUCACACUGUUGGUACCUGAAGCCCGGGACGGCUGGCACUACGGUGAAAAUGAGAAAAACAGAAUGAGAGGCUGGUUCCCGUUCUCCUAUACCCGUGUGAUUCCUGAACCAGACAGCAAUAAACUCCACGUCAGUUUGCAGCAUACCAGGAGCAGCAGCACAGGAAAUCUUCUGGAGAGAGAGAUGGCGUUGCCGACACCUGAUUAUGGCAUGCCCACACGCUUCCUCUCCCAGCAGCAGAGCACACAUCACAGCCGACAGAGACCAUACAGCGUGGCAGUGCCAGGAUUCUCACAACAAGGGUUGGAGGAGUACGAGUCUCGAUUCCAAACAAGUGCGGAGGGCAAAUUGAUUUCGACAGUGUGAGAGGACAGACAAACACACAGACACCACCCUCCCCUCCGUCCACACAUCCCCCUGUCUUCCUUUAUCUCUCAACAAUCCAUCCCCCUUCACUCCACCCCCAGAGGAAGAGGAUCUAGAUCCACCCUUCCCACCUUCUAGUUCCCUUAUUUUAUCCCAGUUGGAAGCAGCCUAACGGAACCGGAAUGCUGAGUAUUCCUCCUUCCUCAUUAUACGCUCCUUUCAUGAAGAUGUUGAACUUUACUUCAGUAAACAUGCUGAAUUGUCUUUAUGUAUCUCUUGCCUGUCUUUCAUGCAUGUACAUGUCAACAGUGUAUAAAUGCAAAUAACGUUUUGCCAUCCAGGGGUCCACGGAUUUAAAGGAAUAGUUUAUAUGAAAAUGAAAAUUCUGUUGUUUACAUGAUUUCAUUAUAUUACUUUCUUCUGUGGAACACAAAAAGACUUAUUUAUGAGAUCGAAGUUGUGUUUAUUUCCCCUUCUUUUCCUAAAGCAAAUGCUGACCAGAUUUUCUCUGAACACGACGCUUUUUUCCUCCGUUAGCUCUCUCUUGAGGUCAGAAAUCUAAAUUUCUAGUUUAUUUAUUUCCCUCGUUUUUUUUUGGUUUCGUUUCAGUGGAAGAACGAAAAGUUAGUUUUUGGAAAAACAAAGGCGAGUAAACCUGUCAUUUUUUUGUUGAACAAAAAAACUUAAAAUGAAACCGAUGUGGUGAUAUGAUUAAAUGUAUUGUUUGUAACGAUACCAGUGGGUUUAUUAAAGUAUACACAACGAAUGAAAUGAAACUUAGCUGAGAAACAUCGUAUUUUUGUACAUCGGUAAGUAAAAAAAUAUAUAUUGAACAAACUGGUGUAAUGAAUUACCCAGAACUUUUUGUGUUUCCAUUGCUUAUAUUUCUGAUGUAAAGGGUCUCUGUGAUCUUAUAAUAUCCCACCUGGAGUCCCUUCAUUGAAGCAUCUGUUUUCUAAAUGCAAAAGCAGGACAGCGAAUUCUGUGCAUACUUGUCUCAAGUGAAGAUUGCGUUUGAAAGCCUAGAAGUUGAACAGGAACAAAUCGUUUGAAUAUGAAGGACAAAAACGGCUUGUUUCUAGAAUGAACGGUUCAUGCAUGAAAGAAAAGACAACUGGUACCUACAUAUCUGUGUCUCAUCACCAUCCACGAGUGAAGCAAUGAGCGGCGAGAAGCUGUGUGUUAGUGAUUUGACCACAGAUGAGAAGCUUCUCUUAACCGUGGUAAAUCAGUGUAACGCAUGGCAACGAGCGGCUCAUUGCUUGUACGAAUAAAAGCAGAAAGGAAUGAACAUCUCAGAUUUCUAAUAUAGAAUGUUUAGAAUGUCCGAUUGGAUUUUAGAAUUUGAACAAUCACCGAUGUUUUGUGUUGCGGUCGUACAUCCAUAUUAAUGAUGUGCCAAGUCUUAAUAUAAUCCACGUGAUCCAGUGCCUUGUACAUAGCACACAAUAUCUGUAAAUACUAGAACUGAUGAUCGAAUGUUAAACUGUAAACACGAUUCAGAUUUUUUUUCCUUUGACAUGGAAGCAUUGUUUUAUUCGGUUCAACAAGAUCCCUGCGGAUCCCUGUACAGCUUUUAGAUCCGAAACAUAUGUAAAAAAACAGCAAUAAUCAAAUUUGAUACCAUCCUUUUUUUGUUUCGUAUCAAUUUAAACAUGCUUAUGAUACACUUACACGCUACUCGUGUGAGUUUUUUAGCCUUUUUCACAGGAGUGAAAGCUGAAGUCUUUUAGUUCCAGUGUUGUAAUGAAAGGGAACUGAUUAAAUGCUUUGAAACAGCCUUUUUCAUAAAAACUAAAUGCUUACGAUUAAGCUAUAUAAGAGACCAUGUUUCUCUGAUGUGAUAGAAGCACCGCGUUGCUUGUCUGGUCUAGUAAUUGUUUAAAGGUGCGCUGCUCUAUAUUUUCUCUGUAUUGUAUUCGAAAAGUCGAUUUAUUGUUGUACAUGAAGGUGACGCACAAUUAAAUAAAAAAGCACCUUCGUUAUUACCACGGAGUAUGCGUGGAGACGUCCAGAUUGUUCGCUUGCUUUCACUCUUCUCAUGUUUUCCUGCACCGAAGAUCCCGCCAGGUUCUCUGUGUCUGUCUGUCUCUCCUUUUUUUUUUUUUUUUUUUUUUUUUUUUUUUUUUUUUUGGCACUGUUUGUCUUUUUCUGUGUGUAACUAAACCAACGUCUUGCUGUAGCUUUGCCAACGCUCUCCAUCUCUGUUUUGAUGAAUUUAGAGACAAAAGCAGUAAGGUGUCAAGGACUGGAAGCCAGUGCCAAUGUUUCUUCUUUCUGCACUAGAGUAAAGACCAUGCUACAGCCGCCACGCUCAGAGAGAGCUCCACCUCUGUUAUGAUAUUUAUGUCGUUUUCUUCUGGAAUGCCCACUUUUUGGAUGUAAAAGGAGAGAAAGUACAACAGUUGUACAGCGAAGUAUAUACACCCCAAUAUGCAUGUAUUUUGGGCGACACCGGAACAGUGUAAUGUUGCUAAAUGACCAUGUGACUUUCUACUCUUGAAAAGAUGAAUAAACAUUUCUUCAGAUUAAA